AGUAAGAUCAACACAAGCAGAAGCUGUUCUACCAAAAACCUCGGAACAUCAUGGAACACAAAGAGAACAUUGACGAGUGGCAAGAAAUCGAACCUUCCGAAUGGAACAUGGAAGUGAUAAACGAAAAUUACCUCGAAGUUGGUGACCAAGCUUCUUCCACUGACGACCCUCCAAUUCCCCCUCCCACCCACCACGAACUCUCAUUGUCACAAAUCGUUCCAACCACAGUAACGGACCCCGAAGACGGAGCUUCCUCACCGUUAACGCCAUCGACGGCGCCGUUAGAUUGGCGGGUGCGAGUGGUGAACGAAGGGAAGAAGUUGUUGAGGCUGAGGUUGGAGGGUAUGAGAGAGCGCGUUGUUGGCAUCGCUUCCAAGGUUAGUAACUGGGCAAUGUAUACGGGGGCGUUUUGGUCAUUUACGCAUGUGGCCGGAGCUUCGGCUGCGGCGGCGGUGUUGGUAUCGCUGGUUUACGUGGGGAUACGGCGGCGGCGUCGGAGGGCUGGUCGACGGAACGUGGUGGCUGAUCAUUGCGUUUUUCUUCUCAAAGAGAAAGAUGAGAAAAUUAGCCAACUCCUACAUCAGAUUGCACAAUUGAAUGAAGUGUUAUCAUCUCGUCGAAAGGUUCCAGUGCAUCAAAUAAACUGAUGCAAGUUUUGCAGUAUGUAAUUACUAUAUUUUUGUAAAUUCUAAAUGAAUUUGUAACUCAACUCUUACAUAGGUCUUCACUGUUCAGUAUCUUCAUAAAUAAACAAUUUGUUGUCUUUUUAUUAAUAAUUCACUAAUCGUAAGCGCCGCAUAAGCAUA